ACAAUCGAGUUCUAGGCCAAGAAAAUAAUACAAUGUAGUGCAUUGCUAUUGCUAAAAACUGGUGUAGUAGUAGUACUGCAGUCCACGUACCGCGGCCUACCACCGGUCUACACGCAGUCAGGAUAGGAAAUAAUAUGCAUUGACCUUUACUUGACAAAGAACUUGAAGUGAAAGAAGUGAAAGCGCCACACUCGGCCCAGGACUCUGCCUUCCUGUGUGGUAUUGUGAAAGCUCAAACCGGCAUGAAUACGGCCGCCAAAAGGCACAACGGCCCCGCAAUGGCCAACCACCACCACGGACACCAUUCCCACGAGUCCCACGAGAGUAGCGGCAACGAUUGCAUUCAGGAGGAGGGCGGCAUGCAGACGGAGCUGAUCUCCAAUCACUACGGGAGCGGAGGUUACGACUACGGCGCACCUCCAGCAGUGGAGGAAAAAAUGCGACGAGACUUGAAGUUUUUCUUCAUGAACCCGUACGAGAAGUACAAAGCGAGGGGGCGAAAGCCGUACAAACUAGGACUGCAAAUCAUCAAGAUUGUAUUUGUGACUUUACAGCUCAUCCUGUUUGGAUUGAACCAGUUCACACAGGCUACAUUCUUUGAGGACAACGAGAAAGCCUUCAACAACAUCUUCUUGAAAGAUUGGGACCCGACGUAUGACUCGUUUGCGUAUCCUAAGACUAGACAGCUCUAUGCAUUGUACUUGAAGGAAGGCGUCUAUGAACACUUAGAUUAUGCUGUCUACAAGUAUUCUCAACUUGAGAGAAUCGCCGUCGGCACGUAUGAAUUUGAGACAGCCCAGAGCAGAGACAUUCACAACAUGACGCUGUGUAACAGACACUUUUUAAACGUGAAUCUCUCUAAUGGCAAAUUUGACGUCAAUGCUUCAACAAAAACCGAUUGUCUGACAUUUGAAGUGUCACCAGACAAGAACAUCAGUAUGCAGCAAUUCCUGAAAGACAACGAUUUUACAAUGAGCUUUGACAGCAUGAUCCAGAUGCAACUGAAGUUCUCCAUUCGCAGUCUUCACAUCAAAGACCUAGCAAUGUUCUUAAAUCCUGAUUGUGUCCGCUUCAAUAUAACAAUUCUGUAUGACUACAGCAUUCACGGGGGCCGCAUUGCGGUGUCUCUCUCAGAACAGCAUUCGAUUUUUAACUGCUCCAACAAAGUCGUCGGAGAGGAGGAAGCCCAUGUUAUCAGUUACUUGGUGGCAGCGUAUGACAUCUUCAUUGUCUUCCUGUGUCUGCUCUCUCUACUACUGUGCUGUAGAUCACUUCAGAGAGGAAGACGACUGAAAAAGAGAGCGAAGACAUUUUUCAAGCGAUACUACGACAGAAAGCUCACCAGGUUGGAAAAGUUGGAGUUCCUCAACUUUUGGUACAUCAUGAUCAUCAUUAGCGACCUCCUGACUAUUUCAGGAUCGAUCGUCAAGCUUCUCCUUGAGUGGCUGAUAACCACCGACUAUGACGUUUGCAGCAUACUUCUGGGCACGGGAUGUUUCCUAGUAUGGCUCGGUGUUCUCAGAUAUCUUGGGUUCUUCCCAAAGUACAAUAUACCCAUUAUAACACUGAAGAGUGCCAUGCCAAACUGCCUGCGGUUUAUGGUCUGCGGAGUCAUUCUGUACAUGGCCUAUGGUUUCUGUGGCUGGAUUGUGCUUGGACCGUACCAUCACAAAUUCCGCAGCUUCAAUGUUGCCAUUGAGUGCAUGUACAGCCUGAUCAACGGCGAUGACAUGUUUGCGACGUUUGACGAGAUGUCUGAUAAGAGCACUGUAGUCUGGGUCUACAGCCGAAUCUACCUGUAUACGUUCAUCAGCCUCUUCAUCUACGUCAUCCUUAGCUUGUUCAUUGCUCUCAUCAUGGAUACCUAUGAGACAGUCAAGGCCUGCCAGGGAAGACACCGUAGCCACACCGAACUUGAGGCGUUCAUUGAUCAAUGCGACGACCGACCAGAGUCAGGCUGCUACAGACGGAAGAAGAAGAAGAAACGUCGGAAGACCUGGAAGUCACUCUGCAACUGCCGCAGAUCAAGCUCUUCUAGUGACGAAACCACGCCCCUUCUUCACUGAACACCAAUUAAAUGUCUUUAGUGAGUUGUACACAUUAAGGUAACCCUCAAGAUUGUAAUAGGUUUGAAUUGUAAUUGGAUUUAUUCGAAAACGAAUGCAAAACCAGAAUCACUUCAAGUCGGGUAGAAAGUCAUGAUGUAACAGUGAAAGGAGAUUGAGAGUGAAAUUAUAUUUUUAUAGGAAAAGAAUCCCCUACUGCUAAGCAGUUGUUAAAGGUAGAGUGGAUUGACUGAAUUACAACUUACGAGUACUAUACAUUUCUUGUAAAAUAAAUAUUUAUUCAAAACAAACACUUGUGUAACAAAACUUGUAUAACAAGGUUAUGAAUGGUACAGGCAGGCUCAGUAUUACAGGGAUCGAGUGAGCUAUCUUUUCUGACUCUUCAGUCAAAAAAUCCUUCUUCAAUUGCUCAAAAAUGACAAUAAUAUGAUGAAUUUGUAAAAAUUUCAAUUACAUGUAUAUAUUGAAUUUCUUGUUUUACAGUAGCCUUGGUCAAUGCUCUCGUCGUUAUUCGUCCCGUAUGUGGUCAAUCGUCGGCAUAUAUCCU